AUGAACUUCAACUUUUUGGAAAAUACAUGGUUUGCCGUCAAUGAUACUGUUAUGCUUGGAUCAAGCGUCGGCUAUGUAGAGAAAAUGGACAAAAUGCUAAAGUUUUACGGAAAAUUAUCGGAUCAUUUUUUCGGUGGUUUCGCAAGUUGCCAGACUCAAUUCGAACCAGGAACGUUUGCAGGAUUUGACGGCAUCGAAAUGAGCGUCAGAGGCUCUGAAAAUCGUAACUUUCAAGCGCGCUUUUAUCCCGUUCAAACCGACAUGACCAUGAGUUACGCAAAGGGAUCAUAUAUUGCCAAUUUCAAAGCAAAAAAAGACUGGACGACGGUGAAAAUUCCUUUUGAUUCCGCCGAGUUCUUCUGGAGAGGCCGAAAAGUGUCCAAAAUACCGCCAAUAGAUCCUUCCCAAUUGAAAGGAAUCGGAUUCCUAAUUUCUGACAAGAUAUUUGACUCAUCUUUUGAACUGUUUGUCGAGUCGAUUUCUGGAUAUAAAAACGAAUAA